GUAAUAUUGACCACUGUCGAAGAGGGUGAAUGGAAAAGUUGUGUGCCUGAUAGGCAAACGUUGAAAUGUCAGAUCGUAUCAGAUCAGACGAACAACAAGUGACAAGAUAGAGAAAUGGUACGAGUAUUUCGGGUGCAAAAGGUAGUUACAAGGUUCAAUGACGGUACGAGUAGGACGAAUAGAACAAGUGAUUCGGUUGCCUUACCACGCGCGCGGGUGGCUUUGCUAUGCUUUGCCUCUGCCUCUAGGAUUGUUGGUUACGAGUAUUAUUUUUUUUCCUCCCAUCGGACUGUUGCUGGUAAUACCUGGUAACUACGAGCGAGUAGUAUUUUUUGCCUCCACCCACCCCAGCAAGUGCCCUAGUCCUACGGUAGUCCUAGUCUCAUUGUCCCAGUCCCAGUCUCAGUGUGCCGGUCUCAGUCGUCAGUGGCCGUCCAGUAGCAGUGAAGAAAAAGGAAAGUGGCCCGUGCACUCCACAAGAUUUUUCAAUCGUUGGCUCCUUCUUAAAAACCAGAGAGGCACCCAACCCUUUGGCCUCGCCUUCACUCUUACACCCAAACCAAAUACAUCACAACAAAUCAACCACACACAUACAAACCUACUUAGAUACCCCCCUUGGAUUCUUUAUAUAAAGGAUCCGGUAUCUUUGUUUUUUUCACCUUUACAACUCACGAACAUCCCACUUUAGCGACGGUAUCCAGAGGAUCACCUUCGCUAUCAACCCCACUACGAACCUUUUCCAAGACUACAGAGCAGCGCCUGUAGUCGCAACUUCUUCUUAGCACAAUCAUGGCUGACAAGGGUCUUGAGGAUGUGCCUGAGGGUGAGUAUCUCUAAAUUGUUAUUC